GCCCCCGCUCGGUGGAGCUGGGCCUGGAGGAGCGGCGCAGCAAGGGCCGAGCGACCGACGAUCUGGAGGCCGGCGCCGUCGAGGGCGAGGACCGGCCUGGGGAUGGCGGCAGCUCGGCGGGCUCAGGCAACGGCCCGGGCGCGGUGCUGUCUCUGGGAGCCUGCUGCCUGGCGCUGCUGCAGAUAUUCCGCUCCAAGAAGUUCCCGUCGGACAAGCUGGAGCGGCUGUACCAGCGCUACUUCUUCCGUCUGAACCAGAGCAGCCUCACCAUGCUCAUGGCAGUGCUGGUGCUCGUGUGCCUCGUCAUGUUGGCCUUCCACGCGGCGCGGCCCCCGCUCCAGCUGCCCUACCUGGCGGUGCUGGCCGCGGCGGUGGGCGUGAUCCUCGUCAUGGCGGUGCUCUGCAACCGCGCAGCCUUCCAUCAGGACCACAUGGGCCUGGCCUGCUACGCCCUCAUCGCCGUGGUGCUGGCAGUCCAGGUGGUGGGCCUGCUGCUGCCCCAGCCACGCAGCGCCUCCGAGGGCAUCUGGUGGACGGUGUUCUUCAUCUACACCAUUUACACGCUGCUGCCCGUGCGCAUGCGGGCUGCGGUUCUCAGCGGGGUUCUCCUGUCUGCCCUCCACCUGGCCAUCGCCCUGCGCACCAACGCCCAGGACCAGUUCUUGCUAAAGCAGCUUGUCUCCAAUGUCCUCAUUUUCUCCUGCACCAACAUCGUGGGUGUCUGCACCCACUACCCGGCUGAGGUCUCCCAGAGACAGGCCUUCCAGGAGACCCGGGAGUGCAUCCAGGCAAGGCUCCACUCUCAGCGGGAAAACCAGCAACAGGAGCGGCUCCUGCUGUCUGUCCUUCCCCGUCAUGUUGCCAUGGAGAUGAAAGCAGACAUCAACGCCAAGCAGGAGGAUAUGAUGUUCCAUAAGAUUUACAUCCAGAAACAUGACAACGUGAGCAUCCUGUUUGCGGACAUCGAGGGCUUCACCAGCCUGGCGUCCCAGUGCACUGCCCAGGAGCUGGUCAUGACCCUCAAUGAGCUCUUUGCCCGCUUCGAUAAACUGGCUGCGGAGAAUCACUGUUUACGUAUUAAGAUCCUGGGGGAUUGUUACUACUGCGUCUCAGGGCUGCCUGAAGCGAGGGCUGACCACGCCCACUGCUGCGUGGAGAUGGGCUUGGACAUGAUUGAGGCCAUCUCGUUGGUCCGGGAGGUGACAGGGGUGAACGUGAACAUGCGUGUGGGAAUUCACAGCGGGCGAGUACACUGCGGUGUCCUUGGUCUCAGGAAGUGGCAGUUCGACGUCUGGUCUAACGACGUCACGCUGGCCAACCACAUGGAAGCUGGAGGCAAGGCUGGACGCAUCCACAUCACCAAGGCCACACUCAACUACCUGAACGGAGACUACGAGGUGGAGCCGGGCUGUGGGGGCGAGCGCAACGCCUACCUCAAGGAGCACAGCAUCGAGACCUUCCUUAUCCUGCGCUGCACCCAGAAGAGGAAAGAAGAGAAGGCCAUGAUCGCCAAGAUGAAUCGCCAGAGAACCAACUCCAUUGGGCACAACCCACCGCACUGGGGGGCCGAGCGCCCCUUCUACAAUCAUCUGGGCGGCAACCAGGUGUCCAAGGAGAUGAAGCGGAUGGGCUUUGAAGACCCCAAGGACAAAAACGCCCAGGAAAGUGCCAACCCUGAGGACGAAGUGGAUGAAUUUCUGGGGCGAGCCAUUGACGCCAGGAGCAUCGACAGGCUGCGGUCGGAGCACGUUCGCAAGUUCCUCCUGACCUUCAGGGAGCCUGACUUAGAGAAGAAGUACUCCAAGCAGGUGGAUGACCGAUUCGGUGCCUCCGUGGCGUGUGCCUCGCUCGUUUUCCUCUUCAUCUGCUUUGUCCAGAUCACCAUCGUGCCCCACUCCAUGUUCAUGUUGAGUUUCUACCUGACCUGUUUCCUGCUGCUGACUUUGGUGGUGUUUGUGUCCGUGAUCUACUCCUGUGUGAAGCUCUUCCCUGGCCCUCUGCAGACCCUCUCCAGGAAGAUCGUGCGGUCCAAGAUGAACAGCACCUUGGUCGGGGUGUUCACCAUCAUCCUGGUGUUCCUGUCGGCUUUCGUCAACAUGUUCAUGUGCAACUCCAAGGACCUGUUCGGCUGCCUGGCGGACGAGCACAACAUCAGCACCAGCCAGGUCAACGCGUGUCAUGUGGUGGAGUCGGCGGUCAACUACAGCCUGGGUGAUGAGCAGGGCUUCUGUGGCAGCUCCUGGCCCAACUGCAACUUCCCUGAGUACUUCACCUACAGCGUGCUGCUCAGCCUGCUGGCCUGCUCCGUGUUCCUGCAGGUCAGCUGCAUCGGGAAGCUGGCACUCAUGCUGGCCAUCGAGCUCAUUUACGUGCUUGUCGUCGAGGUCCCCGGUGUCACGCUCUUUGACAAUGCUGACCUGCUGGUCACCGCCAACGCCAUAGACUUCAGCAACAACAACGGGACCUCCCAGUGUCCCGAGCAUGCGACCAAGGUGGCGCUGAAGGUAGUGACACCCAUCAUCAUCUCGGUGUUCGUGCUGGCCCUGUAUCUGCACGCCCAGCAAGUGGAGUCCACCGCCCGCCUCGACUUCCUCUGGAAAUUGCAGGCCACAGAGGAGAAGGAGGAGAUGGAGGAGCUGCAGGCCUACAACCGGCGGCUGCUGCACAACAUCCUGCCCAAGGACGUGGCCGCCCACUUCCUGGCCCGCGAGCGGCGCAACGACGAGCUCUACUAUCAGUCCUGCGAGUGCGUGGCCGUCAUGUUUGCCUCCAUCGCCAACUUCUCGGAGUUCUAUGUGGAGCUGGAGGCCAACAACGAGGGCGUCGAGUGCCUGCGGCUGCUCAAUGAGAUCAUCGCGGACUUUGACGAGAUCAUCAGCGAGGAUCGGUUUCGGCAGCUGGAAAAGAUCAAGACCAUUGGCAGCACCUACAUGGCUGCCUCAGGCCUCAACGACUCCACCUAUGACAAGGUGGGCAAGACCCAUAUCAAAGCGCUGGCCGACUUUGCCAUGAAGCUGAUGGACCAAAUGAAGUACAUCAACGAGCACUCCUUCAACAACUUCCAGAUGAAGAUUGGACUCAAUAUUGGCCCCGUGGUGGCUGGGGUGAUAGGGGCUCGCAAGCCUCAGUACGACAUCUGGGGCAAUACAGUGAAUGUGGCCAGCCGCAUGGACAGCACCGGUGUGCCCGACCGCAUCCAGGUCACCACGGAUAUGUAUCAAGUGUUGGCUGCCAACACCUACCAGCUGGAGUGCCGGGGUGUGGUCAAAGUCAAGGGCAAAGGCGAGAUGAUGACCUACUUCCUCAACGGAGGGCCCCCACUCAGUUAGCAGCUGCCAGUCAACAAUGCCAGGCAGCCUGGCCUCCAGAGAAAUGGAAACGGCUUCUUUGUGUGCCGGGUGGGCAGGUGGAAGCCUGCGCUCCAGCCCAUGUGGCCAUGGCGGCGGUGAGAUUUCCCACUUUGACUCCAGAAGCAGCUUCUGCUUUUGAGGGUGGGUGGCAGCCUCCAUCCCGGGCCCUGGGGUGCCAGCGUCCUGCGAGCACCAAGCUGACCAAAGAUGUUUCCCUCUGUAGAAGACUCAGUUAGACUCGAUCUGAAUCUUGAGUUCUCUAACGGGUGCUGCUGUGUGGGUGGAAAGGAGCUGCUGGGUGUUUAUGGGUAUAUGGCGGCUCCGCUCAAUGGCAGGGCUGAGGGAGAGGCCUUGGCCUCCAGUGGGUAGGUAGGCCGCCACGACUCUGGCAGGGGACCUAAGGGCCCCAGGGGUCUGCUUUUCUAUGUGAGCCUUUAAACUUCAGAGGCUGCAGCCCCUGCUCCAUGGAAGGAGCUUUGGGUGAGCGUGUUGGCUACAGAGGGACUGUGGCCUUCACCAUGAUACACCUACACACACAGACACAUGCCCCUUUGAGGGGAACAGAAUUAUGAGGGGGAGGCGAGAGGACUUGAAGCAAGGAGUGGUGGUUCUGAGAAAAAAAUAUUUAUUAAAUAAAACAAAACAAGUUUUCUGUGCC